UAACACUUUCGGCUGCCGGAAGAACCUGAUUUUAAGAUUCUCGUUCUUCCCAGCAAAAUAAAUUCAUUAAAAAAAAAACAAUUGUAUUAAAUAAAUUUAAAAAAAUUCUGUUUGUGGAAUUUUAGUUUAAGAGCUUUCUAAGUUGUAUUCCCUAUAUACCCUUUCCAAGCUCAUGAGACGAGAAUUUUGGGAAAUCACUUCUUUCUCUCUCGAUUUCAACAAUCUUUGGUGUUAGAAGUUUCUUUCCCUUUUUAAAUUUCUGGGUUUUCUGAUUUGGAAGAAGAGGCCUGAAAAAGGUGAGAUUGAAAGAAGAAAAAAAGUAUGCUUUGCCGGAUGGUUUUGGUACAGAGGAAGAAGAAUCCUGGGAAAGUUCCGGUGUACCUGAAUGUGUACGAUCUUACUCCCAUAAAUGGCUACGCGUACUGGCUUGGCCUUGGAGUCUAUCAUUCUGGUGUCCAAGUCCAUGAUGUUGAAUAUGCCUUCGGAGCCCAUGACCAUGCAACUACUGGAAUUUUCGAAGUGGAACCUAAGCUUUGUCCAGGUUUCACAUUCAGAAAAUCGAUUCUGAUUGGUAGAACAGAUCUUGGACCCAAAGAUGUCCGUACAUUAAUGGAGAAAUUAGCAGAAGAGUAUUCUGGGAAUACUUACCAUCUUAUCACCAAGAACUGCAACCACUUUUGUAACGAUGUGUGUAUCAGAUUGACUGGGAAGCCUAUCCCUCGUUGGGUCAACCGACUUGCUCGACUUGGCCUUUUCUGCAAUUGUGUUCUUCCUGCUGGUUUGAACGAAACGAAGGUUCGGCAAGUAAGAUCAGAUGGAGUUUGCGACAACCAGAAGAAGAAAAUGAGAAGCCAUUCAAGUAGGUUUCCCACAUCUACUCGCCCAUCAUCGUCGACUUCAUUGUCUACGCCUUCUUCUGGCUCUUCAUCCAGAAGCAGUAGACAAAAACGUUGUGUCCCACCAUCGUCUUCGUUGAUUCAUUCUUCUUCAACCUCAGCUUUGUCAUUGAAACUUUGAUAGCAGCUCCUAAAGCUCUACAAAUUUAUAUUUUGAAUUCAAAAGAUGGGACAAAAAAAAAUUAAGAAAUUAAAAAGAAGAUGAAAACAUGUACUUCUUGCCCCAUUUUGUUUCUGGGUUUUGCUAAUCUUUUUCUUUAAGGUUGUUAAGAAAGGCUGCUUAGAAAUCAUUGCAGCAUUUUCCUUCGCUGUAAAAUGCAUCACUUUUUUCUAUGGCGUAUGAGGAAUGUAUCAUAUUCUUAUUGCCAAACUAGUGUUUGUUCAAAUGUGUUUGGUGGUGCAGCUGCUUAAACAGGGAGAGAUUGAAUUGAGCAGUGAAGUCUCUGUUGUAUAUGUUUUGUACAUUAUAUAGUAAAUCGUGUGCACAGUACACUUCUAAUUUUUAUUUUAUUUUGGUUUUGAAAUUCA